AUGAAUCCCCCUCCGUCGUCUCAAUCCCACUUCGACAAGUUCCAAAACUUCACGCCCAGCCACGACGCGCCGUUUGACAAAGAAUUCGCCCGUCUCGCCUUAUCCCAGAACUGGAUCCCCGGCUCCCAGGAAUACACAAAGGAGCGCACCAUUGCCAUGCGCGAGGAGCUCAAGACGCACUACUUCUCCUCGCAACACCUGGACAGCACCCAAGAAGAGCCCACAGAGGAAGAAAUCCUACAGGGCUACCAGGACCUGUGCAUAGAGGUCGGCAUCCCGCCGUGUGACACCGCCGCCGAAUGCAAGGGCAAUCUCAAGAAGAAGCUCGUUAACAUUGUCGACUUGAUUGAUGCGCGGCGCACAAAUAGAAAGGUGCGAGUGUGGCGCGACUUCCAGGCGUUUCGCAAAUACACCCUGCAAAAGGAACACAGAAUCAGCGUCGACGAGGCCAAGAAGGACGGCGGCUAUCUUGCGUCCCUCCUUCAGCGGUUACGAGAUCCGCACGGCGAAAGAAUAUUCAGGAUGAGGAGGGCGGGAUUAGGACGGAAGGCAUGA